UCUACCUAGUCCGCCGCUUCCACCACCCUUGCCCAGGCGGCUAGACGAAACGAAACCACUCCCUUGAGUCCUGCAGCCUGCUUCGCCAUGGAACAUGACCGCACCAACCUCACCGAGGCUCUGCGCUCGGUGCGGCUCCUCAAGAUCGAUGGCUAUUCCGCGACCGCGGCCAUGCGCAGUUCGGAAUGCGUCAAGUCCAGAUGGAACGUCGGCGGCCACGAGUGGGAGGUCCAUUUCUAUCCUGCGGACUACAAAUGUUACUUGACCUGGGUAAGUGCAAAGCUCAUCCUUGUCAGUGAACCGGGCGUGGUGAUGGCGAACCUAAGCUGCCGGCUUGUAGAUCCAAGCCGGAAUCGUGAUCCUUCUGAAGAGAAGAGUGUGUGCUACGCAUUCGGCAGGAACGGGGGAGGACGAACCUCACCUGAAGUUCUCCUGGUGAGGAGAGAUGAGGUUCCGUCAUCGGGUUAUCUCGUGAAUGAUUCUCUGACCGUGCAAUGCACCCUCACCGUGCUCAAGGAACUGGCUACUGUAGUCAUCCCGACUGUUACGGAGGCGCCCUUGCCAACCUCCGAUUUGCACCGGCACCUUGCGGAGCUCUUGCAGAGCCGGAGGGGAGCAGACGUCACGUUUGUGCUUGACUCCGGCGAGCGCUUUCCUGCCCACAAGAACAUCCUUUCUGCAAGGUCGCCUGUCUUCAUGGCCGAGUUCUUCGGUCACAUGAACGAGAGGAGAUCCCAGUCUGUUCGGAUCCAGGACAUGGAGGCUGCCGUCUUCAAGGCCAUGCUCCACUUCAUCUACACCGACAUGGUUCCGGAGCUUGACGAGGAGCCUGCGGUGGCGGCUAUGGCUCAGCGCCUACUCGCAGCAGCUGACAGGUACGGGCUCGACAGGCUGAAGCUCAUCUGCGAGGGCAAGAUCUCCGGCGGCAUCGACGUCGACACGGCGGCGACGACGCUGGCUCUGGCGGAGCUGCACAACUGCUCGUUGCUCAAGGCCAAGUGCAUCGACUUCAUCACCAGGUCGCCGGAAACUUUCGAUGCGGUCUUGGUGACGGACGGGUACAGGCAUCUAGUGGAGAGUGUUAGACUUAAAAUCGGAUCAUUAGGAGCAGAUCGAGGGGUUACUGUGUUUUCUUUGGAUGAAGGAGUUGCCGGACACCGCUGGUUCCUCGAUGAGGGUCGGUGCUAGGGCAGCGACGCGCAGUGCAGAGAUGAUGUGGUGACGGUGUCGGCGUGGUGCAGUGUUGGCGGUGUUGUAGUCGACCGCGAGCCAGUUGCGACGACAGCACGGCGCCGGUGGUGCUUCCCGUCGCUGACAACCCCCCUCUCUAGAUCGGGUUAGGGUUUGGAUAGUGGGAACUGUA